CACAUAUACCAUGGAUCUCAAAGUACAUGUUUAUCAUAAUAUAUUUGCCUUCAUGCAGUAGUACAUGUACUUUAUAUCCUACCGAGUUAAAUGCAGUUCAACAUAACAGAACGUUCAGAAAAUGUCUGUGAAGAUACGAGAGGCUCGUCUGGAAGAUUUUGACGGUGUCAUGGAUAUAAACAAGGAUGUCUAUGAAGGGCUCGAUUACUUACCUUAUAAGUAUCACAUGUAUAUCAAAGAAGGGCAAUCGAAAGGGAACCGAAUAUGCCUUGUUGCAGAGACCAACGAAGGGAAAAUCGUUGCGUUUAGAAUGGCCUUUCUUGUGGACGAGGGACAUACUUUGAUCGCCCAAGCAGUUCGCGUGCACCCAAAAUAUACAUCAAAGGGAAUAAAUAAACUCCUCCAAGAUGCAGUAGUUGAAAGAUGUAAAACUAAAGUUACGAAGUUUAUUUCAACAACGUGGCAAACCGAGAUUUGGGAAAAGCGAGAACGUAAUGGAACUAGUCCGAUGACGAUCGCCGCUCGUUCGCCUAGAGUCUCUUUUGAGACUAAUCCAGUUUCCCUGUCAAUUGCAUUGGAGAAAGCCUACAGACACAGUGAGGAUUUGAACAAACUUUUCGAGAAAACUUUGGUUCUUUCAAGAGAUGACGCGAGAGAACUGCUAUCCUCUGCUGAGCUUCGUGACUUCAUAAGAACAUCUGAUUUUGUCUACAGCUGGGAUGUGUUUAAUUUGAAAUUCGUUUCAAACGUCGAAUGGAUCAUGCAGUGUAGAAAUGUGAUUCUACGUACUCUGAACAAAGAUGGCGCUCUGAACGGAGUUAGCCUAGCGAAUGCCUUGCCGUGUAAACUGGGCAUUCGGUUAUUUGCAGAUGUUUAUUGUGCCGAAGCAGAUGUUACUAUUGCACACAUCAUCAAACAUAUACAGAUGCUACAGCAGUUCUGUAAAUCAACUCCAAUUGUUGGUACAUUCUUCUUGCACCAGUGCUCCGCGAAGCACAAGACGGAAGCGAAAAAAUUCGUUGCUGAAUAUAUGGGUUUAUAUCCCAAGCAGAAUUUAAAUGAGAACGACUUUAUAAUCCUUGAGAGAAUUAAGAAUCUAUCCAAAUUAUAAAACUGAAAUAAAAAAUGACCAUCAGUUGCACAUUAGUGUAAAAAUGCAUGUGAACGUUUUUUAGUCGAGCAUAUAUGAAUUUUUUUUAUUCACCCAUCAACCUUGCCCGGAUAAGGGGGGGGGGGG